AUGCGUCUCUCGACUACCCUCGUCUUACUUCCUGCGCUCGUCGCAGCCCAAAACCAGUUUCCGUUUGCAGAGCAGCUACAGGGGUUAAUAGAGAAAGCGAAAUCCUUUCUUCCGACUGCUGUACCUGUUGUUGAGCCUCCUCAGCCAUCAAAGGCGCCUCCCCCAGUCGUACCGAAGAGAAAGAAGAAUGUAGCUUCGGUAACGUUGGAGAACUGGGAGUCGCUGCUCGCCCCCGUCACAGCUGACGCGUCAAAAGAAGCGCGAGAGUGGCUGGUUUAUGUCACUGGGGGCAAUAAGACGUGUUAUGGGCAUUGUGGAGAGGCAGACAAAGCAUGGAAGGAAUCGAUCCCACUCUUUGCUCCGGAUCUCGACUCACCUUCCCUUGGCUUCCUUGAUUGUGAGAAGCAAAAUUUGCUUUGCUCGAUCUGGUCCGCUAGUCCGCCAUCAUUAUGGCAUUUCCAAAUCCCCGUUGCCGCAGAGCCGGAUCAGCCAAAGCCCGCUACUCCGAUCCAUACGGUUCGCUUGAAUGUUACUACCGUCACACCGGAAUAUAUCUACAAGGUUCACUCUGAGAAGCUCUGGGAGACGGCGCCAGCCAAUGAGGGUAUUUUCCACCCGAUUGACGGCUUGCUUGCCCAGUAUGGCCUUGGACUUCCAUUUGGCUACGUUAUUCACGGCUUUAGCCAGAUUCCGAGCUGGGCAAUGAUGCUCGGUGUCAGUUUUCUCAGCCGCUCGUUUAUGAGCCGCCGCUUUGCUCCACCUCCACAGCAGCAGCGGGGAUCGGCUGCUGGUGCUGCCCCACGGGCGGCUGGUCCAAACUAA